AGCAUUUGACAUGUUGUGGGCCUCCUCCACAAGAUGAGACGGCAGAGAAACAUACGGUCUCUGCGUCUCUCACUCCUACAUCUGAUCUCAUUUAUUUUGCACAUAUUGAUCUACCGUCCGGCUCUAGUUUCAGGACUUAGUGGUAUAGCCGGUUUAAGAUGGCCAACUUGGAAAUGUCAAAAUCCCCAUAAUUUUUUGUAUAUAGAAAUGUAGUUCUUGUUAGUAAAAAUUGUUUUAAAUCUGCUUGUCAUAAUAUUUGGUUAAUAAAAUUGUUGUAUCUUUAAA